AUGGUCGGCUUUGAUAUGCGUGGGUUGACCCCUGCUCCGGUCACCCCAUUUACUCCUGCUGGAGAUAUCGAUUAUGAGGCUAUCCAUCGCUUGGGAAGCUGGCUCGGCGGUAUUAACGGCGUCAAAGGUCUCGUCGUCCUGGGUCAUGCCGGAGAAGGCACCUUCCUCACUCCUGAGGAGCAAGUCUCCGUAAUCAAGGCAUUUACCAAAUCAGUCGACAACAGGGUCCCCGUUAUUGUGGGCAUCACAGGAGAGGGCACAGAAGUAGCCGCUCUUGAAGCCAAACGUGCGAAGGAAGCCGGUGCUAGCGCGGGGCUUUUGUAUCCCUCUCACGGCUGGCUGCGCUUUGGAUACCAGGACGGCGCCCCUCAAGACCGCUACCGACGCGUGUACGAGCUCAGUGGACUUCCGUUGAUUCUCUUCCAGUAUCCGGAUAACACCAAGGCCACCUACAGCCUGAAAACGAUGCUUGACAUCACCGCGCAACCUGGUGUCUUUGCGAUGAAAACCGGCGUCCGGAACAUGCGCCUUUGGGAUACGGAGAUUCCCGUCAUUCACCGUGAACGGCCCGACCUCCAAUUCCUUAGCUGUCAUGGCGAGCAUCUUCUGCACACAGCGUUUGACAUGGAUGGCUUCCUUGUCGGUUACGGAAACAUUGCUCCUGAAGCGCUGGUGAAAUUGAUCCAGGCAGGCAAGGCUAAGGACUAUAAACGAGCACGUGCGAUUCACGAUCAACUUAUUCCUGUCACGAAGAGUGUCUAUCACCGUGGCUCGCAUAUGGAGGGCACAGUCGUCUUGAAACAUGCCCUCGUUGCCCGUGGAAUUCUGUCUCACGCUACUGUGCGGACCCCUUUGCUUCCGUUUGAGCCUGGCGCUGAGGAGAUUCACGCUGCUGUCAGUGCUGCUGCUCUCAACAAGGUUGCCUAG